GCGCCCUUUUACACUUUGGGCCCCCUGACCACCGACAUUGCACCCGGCUACGAUCACAUCACCUCGGCCAUUGGUGCAGCGAACAUUGGAGCCAUGGGGACAGCGAUGCUCUGCUACGUGACCCCAAAGGAGCACUUGGGAUUGCCGGACCGUGAGGACGUGAAGGCUGGCAUCAUUGCCUACCGCAUUGCGGCACACGCUGCAGACUUGGCAAAGGGGCAUCCAAAAGCCCAGGAAUGGGAUGACGCCCUCUCCAAAGCACGUUUCGAGUUUCGCUGGAAUGACCAGUUCAAUCUCGCCCUGGAUCCGAUCACCGCUCGGAGCAUGCACGACGAGACUAUCGACUCGGAGCAAGGAAAAUCUGCCCACUUCUGUUCCAUGUGCGGCCCAAAGUUCUGCUCCAUGAAAAUCACGGAUGAUGUUCGCCAGUACGCUGCGGAGCGUGGCUAUGGUGACGCUGACAGCGAAGCGGUGCUGAAG